AUGGCACGAUCCCUACUAUAUUUCAAAAUACUCUUUUUCAGAUACGUUGCGUUGUCGCCUCCUCCAGAUCGAAUAGCUCGCCUUCCGGAAGCUUUACAGUUGCCUCUGAAAUUUUUGUGGACUUUCCUCAUGCUUUCAUGGGCACUCUUGUUUAGAAUAGGAUGGGAUGUAAAGUUGAUAUUCAUGCAGAAUCCUCCAGCUCUGCCAACGAUGUUUGUUUGUUGGAUGGUGUCACGUUUGAAGAGCGCUAAAUUCGUAAUCGACUGGCACAAUUAUAUGUGGUCGGUUUUGAAGGAUAAAAGCGGUAUUGAUCAGUUGACGCUCCCUCGUUUGGUAGAAGACGGCUCUGAAGGCAAGGAUUCCAAUAAAGAUAACACUGUUAAACGUAAAGUAACCAGAGAGGAAAGGGACGCUGUGGUCGUAACAUCAAGAAGGAAACGUCGAAGUAGCGGCAGUGAGAAGAAGGAACGGAAGACUUUCAAGAGGCGAUAUAUCGAAUGGAUAUAUCGUUGGGAAGGGGCAUUCGGUCGUCGUGCAGAUGCAGGUCUUUGCGUGACUCGUGCUAUGCGAGAAGACCUACAACGAGCAUGGGGUGUACAUGCAGCCGUGCGACUGUACAGGGCAGCGUGUUCUUACGAUCGGGAAUUCUCUCUGAAUGAAAAACAUGAGUUAUUGCUUCGACUUGGUUUGGGUAACAAUGGACAAGUCUUUGGAGCAGUACCUGCAGAGGACGCUACUCGCUUCUCCAUUCGUGAUCCGUCCACUCGUGAAGUACAUUUUCGCGACGACCGUCCGUUGUUGGUUAUAUCUUCGACGUCAUGGACUCCAGAUGAGGAUUUCCAGAUACUGCUGGAUGCCGCGAAGAAGUACAAUGACGUGGCAGCGAUCAGUAGAAGCUCGCAGCAGCAACACGGACUUCUAUAG